AUGGCGGGGGUCUUCGACAUCGAUUUGGACCAACCGGAUGGAAACGUGUCCGACGACGAUGUCGAAGACGAGGACCAGAUCAGUGAAUAUAUGGAUCAAUGUAGUGGCUUUGAAUUCAACAUCAAUGACUGUGAAAAGUUUGAAAUUUCCGAGAACAGUGUGAACCAGGGAACCGAGCAGAUCAAGCCUGAGUGCUUCGAGUUGCUGAAGGUUUUGGGAAAGGGUGGCUAUGGAAAGGUUUUUCAGGUUCGUAAGGUUUCUGGUUCCACUUCUGGGAAGAUAUUUGCGAUGAAAGUUUUAAAAAAGGCCAUGAUUGUUCGCAAUGCAAAGGACACUGCACACACCAAAGCUGAGCGUAACAUUCUGGAAGAAGUGAAGCAUCCUUUCAUAGUAGAUCUUAUAUAUGCCUUCCAGACAGGAGGAAAGUUGUACUUAAUCCUGGAGUAUCUCAGCGGUGGGGAGCUUUUUAUGCAACUGGAGAGAGAAGGCAUCUUUAUGGAAGAUACGGCCUGUUUUUACUUGGCGGAGAUUUCAAUGGCACUGGGUCACCUGCACCAGAAAGGCAUCAUCUACAGAGACUUGAAGCCUGAAAACAUCAUGCUCAACAAUAACGGGCAUGUGAAGUUGACAGAUUUUGGCCUGUGCAAAGAGUCCAUUCAUGAUGGGACAGUCACCCACACCUUCUGUGGUACCAUUGAGUACAUGGCUCCAGAGAUCCUAAUGAGGAGUGGCCAUAACAGAGCAGUGGACUGGUGGAGUCUGGGGGCUCUCAUGUACGACAUGCUAACAGGAGCACCUCCUUUUACCGGCGAAAACCGAAAGAAGACCAUUGAUAAAAUUUUAAAAUGCAAACUUAGCCUCCCGCCUUACCUCACUCAAGAAGCAAGGGAUCUCCUCAAAAAGCUUUUAAAGCGAAGCGCCUCUAUGCGGCUGGGGGCAGGGCCAAAUGACGCUGCGGAGGUUCAGGCCCACCCUUUCUUCCGCCAUACCAACUGGGAGGAACUCCUCGCCCGACAAGUGGAGCCCCCAUUCAAACCUUUCCUGCAAUCUGCCGAUGACGUCAGCCAGUUUGACUCCAAAUUCACCAGCCAACCUCCGGUGGAUAGUCCGGACGACUCCACACUCAGCGAGAGCGCCAAUGAAAUCUUCCUGGGUUUCACAUACGUGGCUCCCUCGGUGCUGGAAAACAUCAAGGAGAAGUUCACGCUUGAACCGAAACUGCGUUCGCCUCGCAAGUUUCCGGGAAGCCCGAGGACGCCCGUCAGCCCGGUGAAGUUCAUGCGGGGUGACAGUUGGCCGUGGGGAUCUGCGGAACAACCCAUGGAGGUGUCAGGAACAGAGCAAACGGACACCAGCAGCGGCAGCAGUGGCGCGUCGGAAGCCUCAGCGCCACUGCCCAUCAUGCGGCCGUCCAGCGUGAGCACGCCACUUUACAAAAAUCAAGUCUACCCUCUGAACUCCAAACGACCGGAACAUCUCCGGAUGAACCUAUGA